CAAAGUUUGCAAAGCGCAGAAACUCCUCACUUUGCAGCCAGGCAGCCCUCCCUCUCUGCGGUCCAUUACCGGAGCCUCUGGAGGUGAUAGCAGCCGUUGGCACAAAAAGGCACCGUUACGCACGGAAAGAACGCAAUCCAGGACGCGGGAUCUUCCGUCUGCAGUGUAAAAAUGAAGCUUCAGUUAUUUGCCAUAGAUCUGAUAUUUCUGUGCAUAUCAUGCGGAGCAAGUGCAUUGGCAACGACUUUUCCUGGUGUGUCCACGUUCUCUCCAGACGCCAAUUUUACCAGUUUUGGUGCCGACCGUGGAACUGACACCACGACUCUUUCUAAAAGCAGGAGGAAGCGUUAUAUCAGUCAGAAUGACAUGCUUGCCAUUCUUGAUUACCACAACAAAGUGAGAGGGAAGGUGUUUCCCCCUGCGUCCAAUAUGGAAUACAUGGUGUGGGACGAGACUCUGGCUAAGACGGCGGAGGACUGGGCCCACGCCUGCCUGUGGGAGCACGGGCCGCCUCACCUCCUCAGGUUCUUGGGUCAAAACCUCUCCGUCAGGACAGGACGCUAUCGAUCCAUUCUCCAGCUGGUGAAGCCGUGGUACGAUGAGGUGAAAGAUUACUCGUUUCCAUAUCCCCGUGACUGCAACCCCCGCUGCCCUCUCAGAUGCUAUGGACCCAUGUGUACCCAUUACACACAGAUGGUGUGGGCAACCUCCAAUAAAGUUGGCUGUGCCGUUCAUACAUGCAACAAUAUGAACGUAUGGGGCUCAGUAUGGAAGCGGGCGACAUAUUUAGUCUGCAACUAUUCACCCAAGGGUAACUGGAUUGGAGAGGCCCCCUACAAAGUGGGCGUGCCCUGCUCCGCCUGCCCCCCCAGCUACGGGGGCUCCUGCAGCAACAACAUGUGCUUCCCUGCUCUCAAGACAAACUACCUGCACUGGUUCAAAUAAGCACAGGUCUCCUUUUUGAAACAAGCUGACAACCGACAGUACCACAAAGACAUUGUUUCAAUCCCGUAAGGAUUUGCACAACAGUCGUGGACCACACUAUUUUGUAUAUAUGGGCUUAUUUAAAGACACAAACAUACAUUUCGAAGGCAGCAGACAAUUUAGCGUUGGUGACUUGUAAAUAAAGUGUAAAUUAAUUUGUUGCGAUUUGAUGAAAUAUAAUUUAUAUGUAGAAUGGGUCCUUAAACACAGUAUACUCUGAAUGUGGUGCUGCGUACACUUUUGUUGUUUGACAAUGUGGUAAUUAAGGACAUGACACCAUCAUAGCUGCUCAUACCUGCUCACUCUGGUGCUACGGGCAUCACACCUUCAUGAUGUGUGCCCUGCCUUCACAGGAAUGCUGUGACACACACAUCAAAGCCUUUGACCUCAGAGGGAAAACCUACUCUGAUGGUGUCGACUGCAGUAGGUUUACAAACUUCAACGCAUUCUCUAUUUCGAGAUUGGAACCAAUUGGCAAAAGUUCUUUCAUUGACAGAAGUGCACUUACACUGUAACCCAAACGGAACAGAAACAUACGUCACCUCAUUUAGAAAUAUUUCGUUUUUUCAUUUACACAGUGAAUUUUGCAGCUUUAAUCUGCACUGAUUCAGUUAAGUUUCAUUACAUUUAAUCUCUUUCACGUUAUAGAUAGAGAGCACAUACAGUAAAUCUGACCCACAUAUCUUGUCUCUGAUCAUAUUUGUUAUAGACUAUAUUGGUAUACUGUAUUUGUAUGAAUGUCUUAUAGUGGACAAAUGCAGUGUUUGUAUAUUGUAAUGAUCUUUUCACUGAUGUUGUAGCAAUGGUAGUUAGGCACUCAAGUGCACCUUAAUUGUUUGCAGAUUUCCAAAGUACUGGGAAAUUAUCAUUUGUUUUGUACAUGUAGAUAAUCAUUACACCUUGACUAUCCUUAAACUUCAAGUACUCUGUAAGUUAUUCAUUUUUAUAUGGGAAAAAAUAUUUAAUUGAUAUUAAUUUUGUGUGUUGUUUUGUAAAAGGAUUGUACAUAUAUGUAUACAAUUUACUGAAUACGGUUCAUUCUCAUGUCAACUAUUAUAAUGGUGGAGGAAGUUCCCCAUGGUGUGAAUGAGCUGAGGUAGAUCUAUAUGAACGAAGCACUAGCGUAAUAUCCACAGGUUAUUUCAUCGACCAUUUUGAACUCACUACCUGUAGUGUGAUGAAAACAUGUUCAAGAAGACACAAAAAUGUUGAUUUAAAGGAAACUUGCUUUGAUGCAUUACAAAACAGGAAAUAACCAUUUUCCGCACUGACUGUAUUUAAAUCAUCAUCAACAACAAGCUAUUUAUG